AUGGUUUUAUUGGCGUUCCGCACCAGGAGAUGUCUUGAUAGCUGCUGGAUAGGGACGUUAUGCUUGCAGUUGUUGCUGUGGAUUUUAUGUGCCGUGAACGGAGAGGAGCAGCCGUUCAACGUAGAGGCAUGGCUCCAGAGGUAUGGCUACCUCCCUCCUACAGACCCCAGAAUGUCGGUGCUGCGUUCAACCCGGGUCAUGCAGUCCGCUAUCGCUGCUAUGCAGCGCCGCUAUGGCCUCAAUGUCACCGGCACCCUGGACCGCAACACUAUAGACUGGAUGAAGAAGCCCAGAUGUGGGGUUCCUGACCAGUUAGGGGGGGCAUCCAGAUUCAGCGUCAGGAAGCGGCGGUACGCCCUCACGGGACAGAAGUGGCAACACAAACAUAUCACAUACAGCAUAAAGAACGUGACGCCCAAGGUGGGCGCCGAGGAGACUCAUGAUGCCAUCCGGCGGGCCUUUGACGUCUGGCAAAAUGUGACGCCACUGCGCUUUGAGGCUGUGCCCUACAGCGAGCUGGAGAGAACCAAGAAGGACGUGGACAUCACCAUCAUCUUCGCCUCAGGUUUCCAUGGUGACAGCUCGCCCUUCGAUGGUGAAGGUGGCUUCUUGGCCCAUGCCUAUUUCCCAGGUCCAGGGAUUGGAGGUGACACACACUUUGACUCAGAUGAACCAUGGACGCUGGGCAACCCCAAUCAUGAUGGUAAUGAUUUGUUCCUGGUAGCAGUCCAUGAGCUUGGCCAUGCACUGGGCCUUGAACACUCCAAUGACCCCACAGCCAUCAUGGCUCCUUUCUACCAGUACAUGGACACUGACAACUUUAAACUGCCCCUGGACGACCUCCUGGGCAUCCAGAAGAUUUAUGGGCCGCCAGACAAGAUUCCCCAGCCCACCAAGCCUUUGCCAACAGCACCCCCACCUCGCUCUCACCCUCCGUCAGACCCCCGUAAGCCAGACAGGCAGACAAGACCCCCGAGGCUGCCCCCAGGGGACAGGCCAUCGCACCCCAACGCCAAACCAAACAUUUGUGAUGGAGGCUUCAACACCCUGGCCAUACUAAGGCGAGAGAUGUUCGUCUUCAAGGACCACUGGUUUUGGCGAGUGAGAGAUAAUUCGGUGAUGCCGGGCUACCCCAUGCUCAUCAACGUUUUCUGGAGGGGCCUGCCACCCAAGAUAGACGCCGUCUAUGAGAACAGCGAGGGCAAGUUCGUCUUCUUCAAAGGAAAGCAGUUCUGGGUGUUUAAGGACACUGUGCUGCAGUCAGGAUACCCCCAGGACAUCUCCAAGUUCGGCCACGGUAUGCCGGCCCAGAGCAUCGAGACUGCCGUGUGGUGGGAGGACGUGGCCAAGACCUACUUCUUUAAAGGGGACAGGUAUUGGCGGUACAAUGAGGACAUGAGAACCAUGGACCCUGGCUAUCCUAAACCCAUCACAGUAUGGAGGGGUGUGCCUGAGUCACCGCAGGGGGCCUUCGUCGACAAAGCCAAUGGUUUCACCUACUUCUACAAGGGGAAGGAGUACUGGAAGUUCAACAACCAGUUCCUCCGCGUGGAGCCGGGCUACCCGAGAUCCAUCCUCAAGGACUUCAUGGGCUGCGAUUUGACGCCCGUGGACCCUGAGCGUCCGCCGGCCGAGGACGGCAACACGGACGUGGUGAUCGAGCUCGACAACGAGGCCAACACGGUGAAGGCCAUCGCCAUCGUCAUCCCCUGCGUGCUGGCCCUGUGCCUGCUGGUGCUGGUCUACACGGUGGUGCAGUUCAAGAGGAAGGGGACGCCACGCCACAUACUGUACUGCAAACGGUCCAUGCAGGAAUGGGUCUGAGAGACGGGAAAGAGAUGGGAAGGCGGGACAUGGCACGGGAGGAGGGAUGAUGUAUGUUAGGGCUUGGCAAAAACGGAAUGUCAGCCCCCACUUUCGAGGAGGUGGAAGUGGCUCGGUGGACUUCGGACGUCUGUCGGGAAAACAUAUGGCCAUGCCUCCCCAUCUCGGGUGAUCUGAUCCCUUCAUUGAGACCCAGGGAAACAGCCAGACGGUCUGCCAGUGGCCCCUCACACUUAAGACAUGAUUCCCAGGACUUUUAAGUUGACUUUGCUAACCCCCAGCCUUUUUAUCUAAGGGGAGCAGAGGAGCAGAGGGAGCAGACACUUUGAGGGGGAUCUUUGCCUAAAUGACCUUUAGUCCCAGUCCAAACGAGGAGGGUCAACGUCACUUUGUAUCUCAGACACUUCGGGUCCUAUCCCCUCCCUCGCUUUCUCUUUGCCCAACUUGCUCUUAAUCGGAGAAAAAAAACUUUUCAGGGGAACACAGACUCUUCCCUCGGUGCACUGCGUUGUCAUCCGUCAUAUCAGGUUGUAGAAAAACAACAAAGUCAGUUUGUUCUUUUGUAUUUUCUGAUCUCGGCGUCCCCUUUACAUCGCGCUCAAAAGAUAAACAGUCCCAGAUAAACACGUUAAACAUCUGACCAAUCUCCUCCUCCUUUCUCUGCUUGUUUUUCAUUUUUGAUUUUUGUUCUAAUUUAUUUUAUUUUUUUCUUGGAGAAAGGAGGUCCUGAUCGUUCCCUUUAACAUGCUCCUGAAGAAGAGAACAACCCAAACCAAAUAAAAUGACUUUCUCUCCAAAGAGGAUCACAGUUUUUUUCUUUCUUUCUUUCUUUCUUUCUUUCUUUUUGCUCACUUUUUUUUUUUUGUCUUUUUUUUCCUUCCCUUCUCUGGAUCCUUUUCCAGUGAUUAAGAGUUGGGGAGCUCUCUGACUGUUGUGGCAGUCUGUCUGAGACACAGGGGCCAAAUUAUUCUGCAAUAUUUUAACUCGCCUUAAUUAUAAAUCAUAUUCUGCUUGUGCUUGGUUUUUGCUGUUGUUGCUGUUGUUUAUUUUUUAAUUUGUAUACUACUUUUGUUUUUGUUUGUUUUGUUUAUUAACGAAGCUAACAAGCUUCUCGUGAUUGGUGUUUCUGGAUUUCCUACAUUAUCCAGAAUUCUCGGCACUGGUUUGCUGAGCCAAUCAGGACACAAAAGAGAGUCAGCCUGUAUUGAGAGUAAUGUAUUGUAUUGUAAAAGAUGCUCAGUCAGAGUGGGUAGAAGGUUCUGGAGAAAAGCCACUAUUUUUGUGUGUUAAGAUAUUUGUUACUGUCUAACUUGCUUUUAUCACUUCCAUAGGACGGAGGUCAGGCUUGUAACGAGCUUGAGAGUCUUGUUAAGUGGAUUUGUUCAUUGUUAUUUACUUGUCCUUGGCCCAUAACCCCCCUAGUUUGAACAAUAGUUAAAGUGUGCAUCCAAAAUGGUCAUUCUGUAUGGUAUAUGUGAAUGGACAGCCCAUUU